AUGUUUGAUAUUGACUAUAUAGGGAUCAACCAACUUGCAUACACAUUCAACAAACUUGUCAAUUCAAAUUCAAAUGGUUUCACCACUCAAUUGGUUGAAAUGGCCAUCGAGUGUCUAGAGUUGAUGGAUCGGUAUCAAGCCUUACACCCAUCAUACGUUCAAAUGCUAUCGUUCCUUAUGUCUCAGGAUAUUGACGUCUCUAAAUACAACGAUGAAUGGGUUACCAGACUAAAUUCAUGGUUGGCAAACUAUGCUUCCCAGUUGAAGUCAUACGAAAACCAGACUAAUUUGAAGGCAGAGAAUGCGGUUGAUUUUUUCGAAAAAGUGAGGACUAUAGUGAUAUCGUUGACUAUUCAAACAAGGUAUCAAGAAGCACUCAGUUAUUUGAACAGAUACGCGUCGGUUGUUGACUUUUCAACACAGCCGAAAACAAAGGAACAAUUUCAAGCAAAUAGAUAUGUCGAAUACUUGUUUAUGAAGUUCAUAAUCAACAUUUUUAGCUUGAUUUGGUUUCCCUUGGACGACAAUGACUACACAAUUGCUGCUGGGAUGUAUGUAAAGGAUGGCGACAAAUUACUUUAUUCAACCUCCUCUUUCAAGCCAUUGACCAAGAUAUACAACAUUGUUAUUACCUAUCAGAAAAAAAACAGUGCUUUGUUUGAAGUGAAUGAUGACGAACUGAGAUAUUACUGGAUAGUAAGAUUUCUACAUCUUAGCUUACUAUUCAAGCAGUUUGAGUUUGUUGAAUUUCAAAAGGAGUUUUUUGACUUGUUUGUUUCGCAAAAAGAACCAACAAAGUACUUAUUUGCUGACACAUUACUCAUAAAAAGAAACCUUCUCGUUAUGUAUGCCGUUGUGUUGAUAUUCACCAAGCCCUUCAAUACCCUUACAUCCAUCAAUAUUGAAAAUGAGCAAUUGAUUGAUUCGUAUUAUAGAGAUCCAGCUUCAAUUGAGUACAAAUUUUUCGAUCGAGUAUUGAAACCGUUGGGCAGACUUGACAUGCCCAGUGUGAGGCAAGCUCUAACUAAUAGCUCUUUUUUAACUGAGCUCAUCGCCACGUUGGAAUACACGCUUCCUGUAUCCACAGCGAGGUUCUCCAAUAAUUCAAAUUUUUUCAUUGAGCAUAUGAAGACAACUAUCGAUUUCAAAAUGUUUUUACUUUUGGUGUCGAAAUCCAAGUCCAUAUCAAGAGUGCAAUUGUUGAAGUUGAUGGGAUACGACUUGUCAACUUCCAGUGACCUGGAAGUCGAUGACAUACUAAACCAGUUGGUGGGAGUUUUGUCAGCACUCGGAUUGGGUAGGAUUGGAGUCAAUUACUUAGCUGACAAGCAGCUAUUUAUAAAUAAUGGUGGUAUAAGCACAGCUGAAGAGGUGUCUAGAUUGCAAGACGAGAUAGAUGAAGUACAGAAUGAAUUAAAGGGCGAGUCUUUGACAGUAUUGAUUGCCAACUUGGUUCUGUCAUGCCUUGAAGAAUAA